CCGCCAGUCGCUGCGCACCAUGUACUAUGAUGACAUGCGGGCGCACCCGCGCGUGUGCCACGAAGAGUCCGAGGGCGACCUCUACCGGACGGUUGUCGAGGCGCGCCAAGAAAAGCUACGCGGACAGCUGCAAAAGGUUGCGGGCCAGAAAGCCUUUCUGCGCCACGAGAAGCGACGGCUCAUGCUCCAGCGCGCCCUGCUCGAGUCGGAGAUCGAUCGGUUCCACGCCGCGUCGACAUCGGACUGGUUCUGCCACGACGCCUUUGUCGUCGGCGGCGCCCGCCUGCGCCUCCAAGUGGGUGGCCAUGACUUCGAGCUCAGCCACGCGCUGGCAAAGCGAGACCCCAAGUCGCUCCUCGCGGCCAUGGUCGCCGCCGACUCGCCGCUACAAGCGAGCGACGUUGGAGGCAUUGCGAUCGACCGCGAUGGAAUGCUCUUCCGGCACGUCCUCAACUUUCUACGCGACGGUCUCUUGCCCAACGACCCGAAAGUCCUCAAAGCGCUGUACAUUGAAGGCGACUUUUGGAAGCUAACUUCACUCAAACUGGCUAUCGAAGAGAGCAAGAUUCAGCUCAAGGCAGCGCAAACCGCCGUCGACACGACAAAAAACGGUGUUUCAUCGAGCGCUCACGACAAGGGAGGUGGUGACACCAGGGCCGCCAAGCCUGCGGCGGGUGCUGCAAAGCCAUGGUGGAGCGAACCGCCGCAGUGGUGGGGCAAGCCGCCAACCAAGCCCGCCGAGCCAAAGAAGGAAGAGAAGCCCGAUAUGUAUUCGUGGUGGAAAGGCUCCAAGUACAAGGGCAACGACUAUGCAAAAUUCCUCUGCGACGACCAGUUCGUGCCGCUCAAGCAGCCAGCACCACCGUCGGCGUCGGCCAAGAAGGACGAGCCGUACCCUGCACUGCGCAGUACGUGGACCUCGUACCGCCACUUGGCCUAAAAGAAAGUGCAUUCGUA